AUCCAAUCAAUGUCUUUUGUGUCAUCCCAAACUAUACCUUUCUCUUUUUUCUCUCUCUUCUCUCUGUUUCUGCCAUUUUCGUCUCUGUAACUCUGGGCUCCGACAGAGAAAACUACACAAAAACUUAUCAGUCAUGGAAUCAGAAAGAGUCGAAGAUGUAGACGGAGAUGUAUUAGCAUCACUAUCAACAGUACCACCGCGUCGUAAAAUUCAUUCGUACAGUCAACAAUUAGGUUCCACUGGAAAAACAAAACGAAACAAUAUUCGGAAACAUAGUUUAGACGAAAUACCAUCUAAAGGGAUGGAACGUUACUUCAAUGAUUCAUCUGAUGAUGAUUUCGUACCUUCUUCUACUACUACUGCGAAUAACAACAACAAUUCAAACGAUCAGUACAAUAAUAAUUUCAGUUCUUCAGAUAGAAAUCCUGACAAUUACUCUGACGACGAUGAUGAUAAUGAUAAGUUCUGUAAACAACCUUUACAGGAAUUUAUUGCUAGUUGUGGUGGUAAUGGCAUAUUUAAAGUUCCGAUACGUGCAGCUGAACAUCCCGGUCGUCCACCGAAUUUAGAGUUACGGCCACAUCCGUUGCGCGAAACUCAAGUCGGGUCGUUUUUAAGAACAAUCGUUUCUACUGAGAAUCAAUUAUGGGCAGGUCAAGAAUGUGGGGUGAGGUUCUGGAAUUUUGAUGAUUAUUAUUCCGUUGGUUGUGGUGCUGCUGUUUCUGCCUUGGAGAAAACUAAGAAAGGUGAUGAAGAUUCUGCACCAUUCUAUCAGUCUGCCCAAACUUCACCAGUAUUGUGUUUGAUUGUUGAUUCUGGAAAUAAAUUGAUUUGGAGUGGGCAUAAAGAUGGUAAGAUCAGGUCAUGGAAAAUGGAUCCACCUUCGGAUGGUACUCCUUUUAAAGAAGGUUUAAGUUGGAAUGCUCAUCGCGGACCUGUUCUUUCUUUGAUUAUGACCUCUUUCGGUGAUAUAUGGUCAGGUUCUGAAGGUGGUGUAGUCAAGGUCUGGCCUUGGGAACCCAUCGAAAAAUCGCUAUCUUUGAAGGUCGAGGAAAGACACAUGGCUGCCUUGUUAGUUGAGAGGUCAUUUGUUGACCUUAGGACUCAAGUUACCGUAAAUGGAGUUUGCUCCAUAUCUGCUUCAGAUGUAAAGUUUCUCUUAUCUGAUAACUGUAGAGCCAAAGUAUGGAGUGCUGGGCAGUUGUCCUUUGCAUUGUGGGACGCGCGGACGAAGGAACUUCUGAAAGUGUUUAAUAUUGAAGGGCAGGUUGAGAAUCGAGUUGACAUGUCAUCAGUUGGGGAGCCAUCUGCAGAAGAUGAGAUGAAAGCAAAGUUAAGCACCUCAUCAAAGAAGGAGAAGUCGCAAGGUCCAUUUAGCUUUUUUACGCGCUCACGGAAUGCUUUGAUGGGAGCAGCUGAUGCUGUACGUCGAGUUGCAGCAAAGGGAGGAUUUGGGGAAGAUAAUAAAAGAACAGAAGCAAUAAUCAUGGCUACAGAUGGAAUGAUUUGGACAGGAUGUUCUACUGGUUUGCUUGUGCAGUGGGAUGGAAACGGCACUCGUCUACAAGAUUUCAAUUACCAAUCAUGUGCUGUUCAGUGUUUCUGUGCUUUUGGGACCCGGAUAUGGGUAGGAUAUGUGAAUGGUACGGUUCAGAUAAUGGAUCUGGAGGGUAAUCUUCUCGGUGGAUGGGUUGCUCAUAGUUGUCCUGUAAUAAGAAUGGCUGUUGGAGCUGGUUAUGUAUUUACAUUGGCGAAUCAUGGUGGUAUUCGCGGAUGGCAUAUGGCCUCCCCUUGCCCUCUUGACAACAUUUUGAGAUCAGAACUGAGCAGCAAGGAAAUACUAUAUACAAAACAAGAUCAUAUUAACAUAUUGAUAGGCACGUGGAACGUAGGACAAGGAAAACCCCCGCAUGAUGCACUGGUACUCUGGCUGGGUUCUGCUUCGCCAGAGGUUGGCAUUGUUGUUGUUGGGUUACAAGAAGUUGAAAUGGGUGCAGGUUUUCUUGCAAUGUCUGCUGCAAAAGAAUCUGUGGGACUUGAGGGGAGUUCCAUUGGUCAGGCGUGGCUGGAUGCAAUAGGAAAAGCCUUGGAUGAAGGGACAACUUUUGAGCGUGCAGGUUCGAGGCAGCUAGCAGGGUUGCUUAUAGCUUCAUGGUUUAGAAAGAGCCUUAAAGCAAAUAUUGGGGAUAUCGAUGCUGCAGCAGUUCCAUGUGGUUUUGGCCGUGCAAUUGGUAAUAAGGGAGGCGUAGGUUUGAGAAUGAGGGUUUAUGAUCGAAAACUUUGCUUUGUGAACUGUCACCUUGCUGCGCAUUUAGAAGCAGUCAAUCGGCGAAAUGCAGAUUUUGAUCAUAUUUUCAAAAAUUUAAGUUUUAGCCGACCAUCUAACCUUAUCAAUGCUUCAUCUAGUAUGACUCUACUUUUUUUUUUUUUUUUGUUCUGUUGUUCUUUUGUCAUAAUUGGUUCAACAUCUUGGCUUAUACAUAUUUGCUAUUUGUCCUUUGCAGCUGGUGCAUCGUCUGCUGUCCAAAUGCCUCGCGGUGCAAAUGCUGCGGGCAAUCAAUCCGAAGAUGGGAGGCCUGAGUUAGCUGAAGCAGAUCUCGUUGUAUUUCUCGGUGAUUUCAAUUACCGGCUUCAUGGUAUUUCUUAUGAUGAAGCAAGGGACUUUGUAUCACAAAGAUGCUUUGAUUGGCUUAGAGAAAGGGAUCAGCUCAGAAAGGAGAUGAAAGCUGGGAAAGUCUUCCAAGGGAUGCGCGAAGGGAUCAUAAAGUUCCCUCCUACAUACAAGUUCGAGAGGCACAAACCAGGCUUAGGAGGAUAUGAUUCUGGUGAAAAGAAGCGAAUUCCUGCCUGGUGUGACAGAAUAUUAUAUCGCGAUACUCGUCCUGGUACAGAGGCUGACUGCAAUUUGGAGUGUCCUGUAAUUGUUUCAAUACUAAAGUAUGAGGCUGUAAUGGAGGUUACAGAUAGUGAUCACAAGCCUGUGCGCAAUAUAAUGAGUGUUGAUAUAGCUCAUGCAGAUGAAUCAAUAAGAAGAAAAGAAUACGGAGAAAUUAUUCAAACUGAUGAGAAAGUUAAGUCUAUGCUAGAGGAAUCAUAUGUAGUUCCAGAAACUGUAGUUAACUCCGCAAACAUACUACUUUCGAAUCAGGAUAAAUUCAUAUUACGAAUCACUAACAAAUGCUCCAAAGACACUGCAAUCUUCGAAAUCAUUUGCAUUGCUCAUUCCACUGUCAAAGAAGAGGAGGAUGAAGCAUCUGACCAGCAAUCUACAAAAGGUUCCUUCGGAUUUCCUCGCUGGCUUGAGGUUAAUCCAGCAGUUGGUGUAAUCAGACCUGGCGAAAGUGCGGAAGUGACGGUACAACACGAGGAAUUCCAUACUCUUGAAGAGUUUGUGGAUGGAGUACCACAAAACUGGUGGUCGUCUCAACAAGACUCGAGAGAUAAAGAAGUGAUAUUGAGUUUGAAUACCCAAGGCAGUUUUUCCACCAGGACUAACAGGCAACAAAUUACAGUCCGCCAUAGCUUCUCAUCAAAGACCAAUAUAAGGAUUGACUCGAAAGGCAGCCAUAGUUCCAAAAAGGGUCAGAAUAGUCGAACCUCUUCUCACCACUCUGACAACUUUGAAGCCGAUAAUUAAUCAAACCUUCCUGGAAAAGGAAAAGGAAAAACAAAAUCAGAAAAUGUAAAUGUGGGGAAGAAAUCCAAGCUUUAGUAAAGCUCAGCAAGUUCAUGAUUCUACUACGGGCGCGUUGUAAAUAGCCAUGAUGAGACUAAGCCAUAUGGAGGAGGUUCGAUUUUGUUCGUUAUGUUCAUGAUUCAACCAAAAAUAUGUUCGAUUUUGUUUAAGCUUUUCAAGUCCAUGUCUUCAUGUGUUGUAAGAAUUCUUUUCGACUCACUUUUUUCUUUUUUCUUUUUUGGACCUGUAUAAUAGAGAGUUUACAUCAGAUGGUAGUACUAUUUGAUAAUUCUGUUUAGAGAAUACUAAACUUGAUCUAA